AGCAGCACUGGUCAUAGUUAGUCGUAGAUGUCAUCGUCAUCCCUGGUCCGAUUUCUGUUAUCUUCUUUGUGAUUGUCAUUGUUCACUCUUGUCUGUUCUUUUUUAAAUCCCUGCCAAUAUUCUUGGAGUGAUUGUAUUGCACAGACCUUUGUUGAGCCUGUUAAGGAGUUAUUCCAAACCAAGCCAGUGAGUCCAAAGAUUCAUACCUCUUUAUUACAACAUUUAUAGCCAUUAACAUUUUUUAAACCUUAAUUUUAAAAUACACCAUGGCAUUAUUGUUCAGUGUGAUAUCAAGAGGGUCGACUAUUCUUUGUAAUUAUGCCACUCGUCCUGGAAACUUUAAUGAAAUCACUGAACAAAUCUUGGCAAAAAUCGCUCCUGAAGAUGGGAAGCUUACUCUGUCCCAUAAUUCAUACAAUUUUCAUUACAUAAGUGAAAACGGAAUUAUUUAUAUGUGUAUCACUGAUGAUGUUUUUGAAAGGUCGAGAGCAUUUUUAUUUUUGAAUGAAAUCAAGAGAAGAUUCAUUUCUAGUUUUGGCAUCAGAGUCAACACUGCUAUAGCUUAUGCGAUGAACAAUGAAUUCAGUCCUGUUCUUAAAAGUCAAAUUAAACACUACACAGAAGCUAAAGAUGUUGACACUAUGUCACGUAUCAAUAGUGAACUAGACGAAUUGAAAGAUAUUAUGGUUCAAAAUAUUGAUGAUAUUGCUUCAAGAGGGGAAAACUUAAGACUGCUGUAUGAAAAGUCUGAAAACCUGAAUGCAACUUCAGUUACAUUUAGAACUCGAAGCCGAAACCUGCAGAGAUCUCUAUUCUGGAAAAAUGUUAAAAUAUACAUAAUAAUCUUCGUUGUGUGUGUUGUGGUUUUAUAUCUGAUUUUAUCAAUGGCUUGUGGAGGUCUGACACUUCGCAAUUGCUAACAUCAAAGUUAUACAGAUUUUUAUAACUAAUAUUAAGAUAUUUAUUUCUAUAGAUUUGUUAUGUAUAAAUUAAAAAAUGUAUAGGCAGAAUAUUUAUUCAUUUUAAAAGCUUCUUUUUUCCAUCCGUUUUUUUUCAUCAAUAAUUUUUUCCCCUUUUAUGAAGAAUGCAUUACUAGUCAGAAAACGUUGACCUCCAAUCAAUAUAAACAUAAGUUUGUUAAAAAACUUCAUUUAAACUGUGAUAGCUCUCUGUUGUGUAAGACAAAUAUUAAUAUUAAAAGUUGAUUACAGUUUAGCAUG